GAGUGAAUUCAGCAUGUUUAUUUUAAUAUUUUGAUAGUCCUUUGGCAAUGUUCAAUUUUAAAAUCCGUGCUCUAGUGGGAAUCAUGAUAUUUCUAGGUUAUUUUCUACUUUACAUUGUACGAUAUAAUAUUUGUGUCCAUAUUGUGGAUAUGACCAAAUUGAAAACAAGACAAAUCAAAUUGAAACCAGAAAAUGAUACAACUACAAGUUUUACUAGAUUUGGCAGCGUCAGAAAAAUUAGUUUCAUGGACACAAUGCAUUGGGACGACAUGAUGUUGGCGCAACUUUUCUCAGCUUAUCAUAUCGGCUAUUGUAUCUGCUUUCCUAUUUUCCAUACUAUUGGAGACAGGUUGGGUCCAACGUGGAUAGUUGGCAUCGCGGGGUUUAUCUCCGGAGUCCUGAACUGCCUCACGCCAGCAUCUUCUUAUUACAACUACUGGUCUUUGUAUGUCGUAAGGAUAAUAACAGGAUUCUGUGCGGGCGCUAUGCAGCCAAGCAUGGUGCAGGUGCUAAGGCAUUGGGUGCCGCCGAUUGAGCGAAAUUACUUCAUGUGGGCUUACUGUGGAAUUACAAUGGGCACAUGUUUCACGUUCUUGGCGUGUGCCGCUAUUCAUUAUUAUUCUACAUGGCCGACCGGAUUCUACACGUUUGGAGCAUUGCAAAUCUUGUGGUCCAUCGCCUGGGUCUUCACCGUUACGGACAACCCCAGCAAGCAUACUUUUAUUUCAGCGGAGGAGCUCACAUAUUUGACUAACACUAUAGGAACUAUAUUUACUAUAAAGACUACUAAUGCACGAACUCCCUGGAAUCUGAUAUUAAAAUCGAAAAGUUUCUGGGCUUUGUGUUGCCUCAACUUUGGCUACGCCUGGAUGAUUAUAUCUCUGUGCCUACAUGGAACGAUAUAUUACUCUGAAGUUAUAAAUUAUGACAUAUACAGCGCAUCAGCGCUGACAGGCCUACCAUUUUUCCUACGUUUGGUGCUUGGAGCUCUCAUCAUACAUGCUUUUCACUGGUACAAAUACAACUCUAAUAUAAGACGUAUAAGGCACAUAAGGAAAUACUUUAUCGUUGUAUCUCACGUGAUCCCGGGGCUGCUGAUAAUGUGCACGUGGUUCGUGGUGCAGAUCCCAGGGCCAAUCCUGCUCACAACAGCAGUGGCCCUCACUGCUGCGGGUACUGAUCUCACGUUCGAUCUUUGCUACGAGCUGUCACCAACAUUUGUUAAUUCCCUGCAUACGGUGAUCAAAAUAAUCGGAAACACCCCGGGCAUCAUGGUUUCGUAUCUAGUUGGUCAUGUGGUUACAAAAUAUAAGAACUAUGCAUACGUAUGGAAGAAUAUGUGGUGUUUUCAUGCAACGGUGCUGUUUGUGGCUGGGAUGGUGUUUCUGAUCUGGGGCGAGACCCACGUUCAGCCUUGGAAUGCUGUAAACAGUACUCGUAGACCUGUCAAUCGAGUGAAACCAACAGCGUCCAUAAUGUCAAACAUAGUCGAAGUGGAUGAAGAUGAUACUUCAAAUAGACCCUCUCUUCAACACAAAAAUACCAGCUUCUUCGGUGGUCACAAAUUACAAGCAAAAGAAGUGAAAUUACCAACAAUUCAAUAAAUCAUGUAUUAAGAUCGAAACAAAAA